AUGGCCCAAUCCUCGAAGUGCUAUCUUCCUCGGUUCGCCACUGCGGUUGACGGUCCUAAGCGCCCGGUUUCUAUGAAAACCAGACCGACUCCUUCGCAAAAUGCGCAGUUAUUAACCGCAUGGCACGAAGGACGCCUCAAUUCGGUAUUGCAGGCCACUUGGGGCCUGGUCUUGCAUUACUAUCUCCGUACCGAGGAUAUUUGCUUUGGUUACCAACACAUCGACGGCGACGCUAUUUGCUCACGAAGCCCUGUACAGCGGGCCAGCAUCACGAACAUCUCCCCUGUACGACUCGCGAUUCAAGAAAACGACUCCACUCAGCAAAUUGUAGAUAAAGUGUGGAAGAAUCUGAAGAAUGGUGGAAGCGUUGAGACAGCUUCCGAUGGUCAGUUGCCCUUCAACACCAUCUUGAUGCUGCGCACACACAAGAAGUCCGACUCCGCUUCUUCGAAACCAAUGUUGGCGACUGCUCUUCCCGAUCAGUGCCAAGUUCGUCUCCAUGUUAAAGUGAUGCGCCGGGACAUCAACAUUUUUCUCGAGUGGCGCAACGGAGACAUGUCCGGCGAGCAAAUGAAGAGUGUUGCCCACAUUUUCCUGCAAGUGCUCGGCAAAGUCCUUUCAACCGAAAACACCGCUAUUAGCAAGCUUAAUCUGUUCUCGGAGAUUGAUUGGCAGCGUAUCCAGAAGUGGAAUUCCCACACUCCGAAGCUGUACGACCGCUGCAUCCAUGAAGCAAUUCAUGAUCAAGCUGUCAGCGGCCCAGACAGAGAGGCUGUUUGCGCUUGGGAUGGAUCGUUAACUUAUGGAGAGCUUGACCACUUGGCAUCGAAGCUCGCAUGCCACUUGCGUAUGCAGGGUGUUGGCCCUGAAAUCCGCGUGGCUUUGCUUUUUGAUAAAUCGAAAUGGAACAUUGUUGCCAUGCUCGGUGUUAUGAAAGCUGGUGGCGCUUUCGUCCCAUUGGAUCCGACACACCCAACCUCCCGUCUUCAGCGUCUGAUUGAAUCCGUUAAGGCAUCGGUUGCUCUGUGCUCGCAGAACCACGCAGAGGCGCUCCGGCCUAUUGUUAAGACUUUAAUUCCUCUGUCCAAUGAGACCAUGGAUGGCCUGCCGGUACCAGCCGACGGCGUCGAACUUGCAUCUGGUGUUACCAGCCAGAAUGCCGCUUAUGUUCUCUUUACUUCCGGAUCUACGGGAGAACCAAAGGGAACUCUUUUGGAACAUCGUGCGUUCCUCUCCAGUGCGAAGGCGCACGCCGCCGGACUUCUCGUCUUCCGUGAUUCGAGAUGCCUACAAUUUGCAGCUCACACAUUCGAUGCCAGCCUCGCGGAAUCAUUGACACCUCUCAUCACCGGUGCGUGCGUGUGUAUUCCAAGCGGGGAAGCGCGAUUGAAUGAUAUUGUGGGCACGAUCAACGAGAUGCGGGUCACUCAGGCGUGCUUUACCCCAUCAUUCAUCGGCUUUAUCGACAUUGAAAGCGUGCCUGGAUUACAGGGUCUCGUGCUAGCUGGAGAGGCAAUGUCACAGUCUCAGCUGGCAACAUGGUCCAAAAUUAAAUUGGUCAAUGGAUACGGGCCUACCGAGGCCAGUGUCGCGUCUGUGCUGAACACAGGGGUAACACCCGAGACCGACUGCAAGGACAUUGGUCUCCCAGUCGGUGUCAAAGUAUGGCUAGUGGAUCCUGAAAACCAAGACGAGCUGGUCCCCGUCGGAUGCCCAGGUGAACUUCUGCUUGAAGGGCCAACAUUGGCUCGGUGCUAUGUCAACAACCCGGAGAAAACCAAGGAUUCAUUCAUUUAUGACCCUGCUUGGACCAAGAUGGAUAAAUCAGGCAGCACAAACCGCAGAUUCUACAAGACUGGAGAUUUGGUGAGGUACAACUCGGACACUGGCUCCCUAAACUAUAUCGGUCGCAAAGAUACGCAAGUCAAGGUUCACGGCCAGCGAAUUGAACUUGGCGAGAUCGAGAACCAAUUAAGUCGUGACUCAAAGGUUACCCAUUGUUCCGUCCUUUUCCCCAAGUCUGGCUUCUCAAAGGGCAGACUGGCUGCUGUCAUUUCAUUUGCCGGCUUGUUGGCUGAGGAAUCCAAGGCUGAGUUGGAGACACUGGGGCUGAUUCCAAGUGAGAUGAAAUCAGAGCUCAUUCCUGGGAUUCGCGAACGACUGUCAGCCCGCCUUCCGACUUACAUGGUACCCGCUGUUUGGUUGUGUGUAGAAGCACUUCCUCUUCUUCCGUCUGGGAAACUCGAUCGGAAAGGAAUUGCAGGCUGGGUGACCAGCAUGGAAACCGAUCCAGAUGUUGGAAAGACCCUCUCUAGUCCCUCACUCGGUGCAGAGAUCUCACAGCCUUUGAACUCAACCGAGGAAGGCCUGGCCGCCGUCUACAGCCGCGUUCUCAAUAUUCCCCAACACCUUGUCAGCCUGAAUGAAAGUUUCCUCGGGUUGGGUGGUGACUCUAUUGCCGCCAUGACAUGUAUUGGACUUUGCAAGAAGCGUGGUAUUGGCUUGUCUGUGCAAGAUAUUCUUCGUAGUAAGUCUAUUCGUGAUCUCGCCACUCGCGCAAAGGCGAUCGACCAUGGUACAACCUACCAAGAAGCUGUGGAUGAGCCCUUCAAUCUGUCACCGAUCCAACUCCUCCACUUCGGUGUUCGAAAGGAGGGUGAGGGCCACUUCAACCAGGGCAUUCUCACCCGCCUGAGCAAACCCCUCGAUGAAAGCACUUUACGGAAAGCAAUUGAGACUCUAGUUACUCGGCACUCUAUGCUGCGGGCCAGAUAUGACAAUAGUGGUUCUGCCACAGCAUCUGCUCAACGCAUCACCCGCGAUGUCAAGGGCUCUUACAGAUGGCGGAUUCACACGGUCGCGAACAUGGAUGCCAUCAAACCCUUCAUUGGUGAGAGCCAGACUGGCAUCAAUUGCUUUUCUGGACCUCUCUUAGCAGUGGAUUAUUUCCGCAUGCAAGAUAACUCUCAGCCGCAUAUUCUAUCAAUGACAGCGCACCAUCUUGUUGUUGACAUUGUUUCAUGGAAGAUCAUCCUUGGAGACUUGGAAGAUCUUGUGCUGAACCCUGAGAAGUCAGCUUCAGCCGAUGGCUCACUGCCUUUCCAGACGUGGUGCCGUCUUCAGGAAGAGCAUUCGAAGAGCCUUGUCACUGAAGGGAGAGUUCCGACCAACCCCCUGCCGAGCAUCGACUUCGGAUACUGGGGACUCAAGGACAAUAAGACCACAUACGGUGAUGUAGAUUGCGCGGCAUUUGAAAUCGAUGCAGAGCACACCAAUUCGAUUCUUCUCGAGUGCCAUAAGGCUCUGGACACCGAACCAAUCGACUUGUUCCUUGCGUCAAUGUUGCACUCAUUUGGCCAAUCAUUCAAUGACCGUACUUUACCUGUGAUUUACAAUGAGGGACAUGGACGUGAAGUCUGGGAUCCCUCAAUCGACAUCUCGCACACUGUCGGUUGGUUUACCAUUCUUCACCCCAUCUUCGUGAAUGGAUAUAAGUCAGAUGAUCCAAUCGAUACUCUUAUUCAGGUAAAAGACCUUCGCCGACAGGUCUCUGACAAUGGCCGCGCCAAUUUCGCCAGUCGUGUCCUCAAGACUGGAGGCCCUCAGAGUGGUGAUUACCCGCACCCUUUCGAGAUGUCUUUCAAUUAUGUUGGUCAGCACCGUGACCUGCAGCGAGAGGAUGGACUCUUCCAGCUAGUUGACCAAAUGGCUGGCGAAACAGGUCAAGGUAAUGAUGCUGCUGACUUCGGGCGUGAUACACCUCGCUUUGGUCUCUUCGAGAUUUCCGCCAUGGUCGUUUCUGGCAAGAUCCGCUUUACAUUCUCUUUCAACAAGUUUAUGCAACACCAGGACCGCAUCCACUCUUGGGUCUCACAGUGCCAGAAGCAACUUGUUUCGCUUUCUGAGCAACUCUCGUCAAUGUCUUCCCGAUUGACUUUGAGCUCUUUUCCUAUGCUUUCUUUGAAUUAUGACAGCCUCGAGAAAAUGCUUACCCAGAAGCUACCGGCUCUUGGUAUUGCAUCGCCUGAUCUUAUUGAAGACAUUUAUCCAUGCUCUCGUAUGCAACAGGGUAUUUUGCUCGGUCGCACACGCGAUAGCUCAUACUACGCUGUCCAUGAUACAUUUGAAAUCCAAGGUACAGGAUCAACCGCGCCAAACGUUGAUCGUCUGGUUGAAGCAUGGAAGCAGGUUGUCUCCCACCAUGCGAUGUUCCGCACCAUCUUUGCCGAGAACCUCACACCCCGUGAUCCAUUCUGCCAGGUUGUCUUGAAAGAGUACGACUCAACUCCCGUGUUCCUGCAUUCUGCAGGUGACAGCGAUGUUUUGGCCACUUUCGACGCACAGGAACCCAAGGAUUACAACGAACUCACUCCGGCGUAUCGCUUCAGCAUCUGCCAGACAUCGACAGAUCGAAUUUUCUGUCGUAUUGAACUGAGCCAUGCGGCCAUGGAUGGCAACUCUAUUUCUAUCAUUCUCCGCGACUUGCAGCUUGCGUAUGUUGGCAGGCUCGAGGAGACUCGUCCACCUCUCUUCAAAGAUUACAUCAGCUUCCUACAGGAUGCACCCCAGAAGGCCAGCAUCAACUACUGGCGGUCUUACCUUUCGGAUGCGAAGCCAUGUAUUUUCCCGACCCUUACCGAUGGUCAGGCACCGCAGGAGAAGAGCCUUCGUUCGAUGCCCGUCAACUUCGGAGCCUUGGCUCAGCUCCAGACCGCGUGUGAGAAGAAGGGAAUUACGCUGUCUAAUGUCUUCAAUGCGGCAUGGGGACUUACCUUGCGUCUGUUCUGUGGCUCUGACGACGUCAGCUUCAGCUACAUGGCGUCUUUGCGGGAUGUCUCUGCCGAUGGUGUCCAAUCGGUCGUUGGUCCAGUUAUCAAUCUAAUGAUUUGCCGGAUGAAGAUGUCCAGUGACUCACUACUCAGUGAUGUUUUGCAGCAGAUCCAGGAUGACUACAUGGAGAGCCUUCCAUUCCGACACACCUCCUUGAUUGACAUUCAACAUGCACUCAAGCUAUCUGAUGCGAACCUGUUCAACUCGGGUGUAUCUUACCGCCGCCUCCCUGGUGCGAAGGACGCAGUGAGCAGUGAUAUUCAGUGUGUCGAGGUUGGCUCUAUCCAUGACCCUGCUGAAUUCCCCGUCUUCAUCAAUAUUGAAGCUAUGGAUACGAAGGCAAGAAUAGAUAUCAACUACUGGACCACAAGCCUCUCUGAUGCUCAGGCUCUCAAUGUUGCAAACACUUAUGUCCAGUGUCUGGAGAGCAUGAUGACCCAGAUCGACAGCCAGAUUCGCUGUCUGGACAUUGUGAGCGAGAGCAACAAGGCUGAGAUCCUCUCCUGGAACAGCAAGGUGCCCCAGGCCAUUGAGAAGUGCGCUCACCAUAUCAUCCAGGAUAUGGCUACCAAGAAGCCGGAGGCGCUUGCAGUCGCUGCUUGGGAUGGAAGUCUCAGUUACUCCAAGUUGGAUCAAUAUUCAUCCCGCCUUGCCAGUUACCUAGUGACCUUCGGCGUGGGCCCAGGAAGCCUUAUCCCAACAUCAUUUGAAAAAUCCGUAUGGAACAUUGUCUCUGUUCUGGCGAUCAUGAAAGCUGGAGGCGGAUGUAUUCCCAUUGACUCCGCCAAGACAAUGGGUCUAAUUGAAUCUUGGGUAGUAGAGAACGCUGUGCAAGUUGCGCUCGCAUCUCCUGAGAAGGCUCAGGUCCUCGAGGAGACGAUUCCCUAUGUCAUCCCUGUGACUGAAUCUUUGCUGGAGUAUCUCAACGAUGAGCCCCUCUUGUCCGCUGCAUGCCCGAGCGACGCCGCUUUUGUUGCGUUCUCAUCUGGUACUUCGCAGAGAGCGCGAGCCGUUGUCCUCGACCACUCAUGCCUCAUGACUAGAGUCGAGGCCUUUUCCUCCUCCCUGAACCUCACAGAUGCGUCGCGUGUCCUUCAGUUUGCUGCACACACAAGUGAUCUCUUCAUUCUGGAGGCGUUUGGCGCAUUCAUCCAUGGUGGCUGUGUGUGUAUCCCGGCUGAUGUCCACCCAGCAAAUCUUGCAACUUCGGUUAACACUCUUCUUGUCAACACGAUCUGCAUGACACCAAGCGUCGCUGCAUUCGUCAGCCCACAGGAUAUUCCAGGCCUGAAGACCGUUGGAAUGUUCGGUGAACUCUCAACGGAAAGGAAGUUGCAGCAUUGGCAAGCAGACGACCUUCAUUUGCACCACUUCUUUGGAACCGUGGAAACCUCAUGUUCUUGUUUCCAUAGUUUGGUCCAUCCAGAGCAAGCACCGACCAUCAUUGGAUCCGCUGUUUCCAAUGUUGCUUGGGUUGUUGAUCCAUCGAAUCAUAACACUCUCGUUCCUAUUGGAGCUGUUGGUGAGUUGGUCAUUGAAGGACCCGGCCUUGCCGCCCGCUACCUGGGGCAGGAAGAAACCGCGGAUGUCUUUGACAACCCAUCGUGGCUCGCCACUCUCGAGGGUCAGUCCGACCCCACAGAGUCUGAGCCUCGGAAGUUCUUCAAGACUGGUGACCUCGUCCGCUGCAAUUCUGAUGGCUCAUUCGUCUUUGUUGGCAAGAAGACGGUCGAUCGUCACUUUGUGCCGUGCUCCGAUUCCCUUGAUGUGGAACAGUGCAUUGACGUGUUCUUUUCAUCAAAGCGCCGCGCUGCUGUCAGUACCUUGCCUUUCGGUGGUGAAGAUCGGAUUAUUGUUUUCCUGUGCGCCUCAGAUGUGUCUACUGCCAGCUUCGGCGACAAAGUUAUUCAAAGCUCGGCACCCGAGUUGAAAGCUGCCAUUUCCUCACUACACACUUACUUGUCUACGAGAAUCUCCUCAAGCAAGGUUCCUAGUCUUUACAUACCCAUUUCUUCCAUCCCAUUGACCCCCAUAGGUAAGACUGACUACCAGAGCCUCCACGCCGAAAUCCUGAAUCUCUCCACCACUGUUCUUGGAUCCUUUGAUGUCAAGCAGUGGACUGGAAUCAAAUCUGGGAACAGAACGUCCCGCCAAUCUUUCUCCAAUACUAAUGUUGAUUACUGGAGAGAGUAUUUGGCCGACAUUGAGCCAUGCAAUUUCCCAGCCAUUUCCCAAGAAACCGCCAACAAGGGUCGGUCCACUCGAACCCUCAACAAGCAGACAAAUCAGCUCCACGCGUUCGGUAGAUUGACUGGAGUUUCCUUGGAAAUUAUUUUCCAGAUUGCGUGGGGUCUUGUUUUGAGAUGUUACACUGGUAACGACGAUGUCUGUUUUGGCUACUGGGCCUCGCAGACUGAUGACCCAUCCUCCGUCGCCAUUGCCCGUCUCAUGUUGAAUAACGAACUGAACUUGAAUGAAUCCCUGCAAAAGACCAAGACAGAGUUUGAAAAGAGCAAGGAGAACUUUGCUGAGCUUGCUGUUGUAAAGCAGCAGUUGGGCAUGGACGAUGCCAAUGUAUUCAACACCCUUCUAACUUAUCGUGCUGUUGACUCCCUACCUCAACGCCAGGCCCGGGAUACUGCUACAUCCAAAGCCUACAAUGUUGCUGUUACAGCUCAGGUGUCGACCUCCGUUGCCGAAAUUGACUUCAGCUACUCUACAGAGACCUUGACCUCUGUCCAAGUCACUCAUGUUAUCGACACUUUCGACCAAAUCCUUAAUGAUAUGAUGUCUGCCGACCCGUGCGAGCGCACCAUUGGAAACCUUGAUCUCCUGUCUCAGCGAUCGUGCCGUCAGAUUCGCGAUUGGAAUGCUUCUGUGCCUCCUCGGGUUGAGAAAUGCGCCGAUGAACUAAUCCAGCAGCAAGCCCUUCUUCACCCUCGUGCAGACGCAAUCUGCUCAUGGGACAAGGACUUCACUUAUGGCCAGCUGGAGAUUGUGACUAGCCGACUAUCUCGCUACCUUACGGGACUCGGUAUCAAACCAGAAGUUUUUGUAGUUUUGUGCUUUGAGAAGUCAGCCUGGGCAAUUGUUGCGCAGUUGGCCGUUCUCAAGGCCGGUGGAGCAUUCGUGUCCAUUGACCCCUCCCACCCUGAUUCACGACUUCAGAUGUUAAUUGAUGAGAUUGGUGCCGAUGUGGUUCUCUGCUCAGCUUCAUUGCAAUCAAAGAUGUCCAAGCUGUGCAAAAAGGCCCUUUCCGUGUCUCAAACUGCGAUUUCUCAGCUUCCUGAAUCGCCAUUAGCAUUGCCCGGCACUCGCCCAACUCCUGCCAAUGCUGCAUACGCAAUCUUUACAUCUGGGACUACGGGGAAGCCAAAGGCGACCGUGGUGGAGCACAUGGCGCUCAGCACCACUGCUAUCGCGAUGAUGAAUGCACUGCACAUGAACUCAGGAACGCGCGCACUGCAAUUCUCGAAUUACACAUUUGACGUCAGCAUUUUGGAGAUUAUGAUGACUUUGAUGACCGGAGGCUGUGUCUGCGUGCCUAGUGAAGAGGAGCGUAUGAACAAUCUCGGAGGUGCCAUUCGACGCAUGGAGGCCAAUUAUAUGGCAUCGCCCCCUGCUAUCGUCAAUACCCUCGAGCCCAAGAGUGUGCCUACUUUGAAGACCAUCAUCACCGGCGGUGAGAAGAUGCCUGCCCACCACAUUGACCGCUGGCAUGACCGAUUUGUCAUCAAUGCCUAUGGGCCUUCAGAAGCUACUGUUGUAGCCACUGUCGGUGUCAAGGUUGACUGGGAUGGAAACCGUGUCAAUGAUGACCCUACAUCUAUUGGUCUCGCUGCAAACUGCCGAGUGUGGAUUGUGGAUCCAAACAAUUAUAACCGUCUUCUCCCCGUUGGUGCGGUUGGUGAGAUGCUUCUUGAGGGAAGCAACAUUGCCCGCGAAUAUCUUGGAAACCCAGAGAAAACCAAGGCCGCGUUCGUGGAAGACCCAGUUUGGAGUCACCACGCUGGUCUCCAUGGUAUCUUCAGCCGCAGUGAUCGCAUGUACCGCACUGGAGAUCUUGUCCGGUACAACAGUGAUGGCACUCUCGCUUUCCUUGCACGCAAGGACACUCAAAUCAAAUUCAACGGACAGCGCAUUGAGCUUGAGGAGAUUGAGCACCAGUGCACCCGCUGCCUCCCAGAGGGUUCCCAGGUCGCCGUUGACGUGGUUGUUCCCCAAGAGAAGACCGUCGCUAAAGGUCUCGCUGCCUUCUUCACCAUCCACGAUGGCGACUUAGAGCAGGGUGGUACUAACGAUCAAUUUGCGCCUACUAUUCCUGGGGCUGAUCCUCUACUCUUGCCAAUCUCUGUGAGUAACAUGGAUGCUGUGCAAAGAUUGAAGAGCUCCCUCCCAGAUUAUCUCCCACAGAGCAUGAUGCCUCGUCUCUUCUUCCCGCUGCGAAACCUUCCUUUCACAUCUUCUGCAAAGAUUGAUCGUAGACGCCUACGUGCUAUGGUCCAAACUCUUUCCAAAGAGACAUUGAAGUCCUACAUUACCUUCAAUACUGGAGGCAAGAUUGAAGAGACCUCGGACAAUGGCAUUGAGGCUCAGCUUCGAACCCUUUGGGAGCAGACCCUCGACCUGGAGCAGGGAUCUGUGACUAAUGAGGAUAGCUUCUUUGCCCUUGGCGGCGACUCGUUCUCGGCUAUGAACCUCGUUGGGGCUGCCCAGGCUGCGGGUAUCUCUCUCAAUGUUGCCAUAAUCUUCAAGACACCGGUCUUGGUUGACAUGGCAAAGAUCUGCUCCAGUUCUACUGAGGCACCGCCUGUCAAGCAGCAGCCUCUUGACCCAUUCUCCCUUCUACCUUCUGGCGUCGAUCUUGAGGGUCUCCUCGACGAGAUUAGCGAGGGCUGCAUUGUCUCUAAAGAUUCAGUCGCCGAUGUAUACCCCUGCAGUGCCGUACAGGAAGGCCUUUUGACCAUGUCUGUUAAGCAUCAUGGUGCAUAUGUCGCGCAGCCAGCUUUCAGACUUGCUGAAGGUGCUGACCUUGAUCGCUUCAAAGCUGCCUGGGAGCAGACUGUUGCUGAUCUCGAUAUUCUUCGAACCCGCAUCAUUCAUACUGAAGCCAUGAACUUUGCUCAGGCUAUCCUCAAAGAUGAUCCCAUCUCUUGGGUUCAUGCUGAGUCUUUCGGCGAGCUACCCAGCGACUCAAUAGAGCUACCAAAGUUCAACGGUGCUCGCUUGACUGGUUAUGCUAUUGUCCAACCCCGAGGAUCAUCCACUCGCUACUUUGUUUGGUCCGUCCACCACGCACUGUAUGAUGGCUGGAGUAUUCCGUUGAUCUACAGAAGAUUCGAGGAGAACUACAAGGCAACGUUGAACAAAGAACCGGCUGCUUCCUAUGGCCUGUUCAUUAACUACCUCAAGAAGAAAGACAUGGUGGAAUGUGAUGCCUUCUGGAAGUCCUACAUGGCAGACAUUUCGAGCAAUCCUUUCCCACAAAACCAGAACUCAGUUCCAGAUGCGAUGCGGGCUGGAAACACUCAAUACCACAAGAUGGCGAUUUCCCGACCUGCCAACAGCGUUGACCACACGCUUCCCGUUCUUUUACGUGCAGCCUGGGCCAUCGUGAUUGCUACCCAUACCGCGUCUCCGGAUGUAUCUUUUGGAGAGACCCUUUCCGGUCGCAACAUUGAUCUUCCUGGUGUCGGCGACAUUGCUGGUCCCGUUUUGAGCACUGUGCCAACUCGCAUCCAAGUCGUCAACGACAUGUCAAUCUCACAGUACUUGGACAAGAUAAACCAAUCUACUACUGACAUGAUUCCUCACCUCCAUGCCGGUCUGCAGCGCAUUCGUCAAAUCAAUUCCGACACUGCCUCUGCCUGCAAUUUCCAGAACUUGCUGGUCAUCCAGCCCACCGAGGGCGAGCUCAAUGAAAGUAUCUGGAUUGAUGAGAAACGCGAAACAAGCGAGGACUUCUUUACUCAUCCUCUUGUACUCGAAUGUGGAAUCUCUAAGAGCAGCAUUUCCUUCACUGCGCACCACGAUGAGCUUGUUGUCAGUGGAUGGAAGACAAAGCGCUUGAUCGAACAAUUUGGUCAUGUCCUGAAGCAGCUGAUGGCCACUCCCAAGGGGAGCAACGUGAAAUUGUCUGAGUUGGAAGUCGCAAGUUGCGAAGACAAGGCCACCAUUGCGGACUGGAACAAGCGCGUACCACUUACAGUCGAGAAGUGUGUGCACGAAUUCAUUCAUGAAAAGUGUAUCGAAACACCUGAGGCCCCAGCUGUUUGCGCUUGGGAUGGCGAAUUGACUUACAGAGAAUUCUGGGAUCUGGCUUCAUCUUUUGCCAACUACCUGGUAUCCCGUGGAGUUGGCCCAGAAGUAUUUGUACCAGUGUGCCUGGACAAGUCGGCCUGGGCAAUGGUUACUCUCAUCAGUAUCCUUAUCGCCGGCGGUGCUUAUGUUCCCCUUGAUCCUCAUCAUCCCACCUCUCGCCACGAGGAGAUCUUGGCGGAUGUUGGUGCAAACAUGAUUCUUUGCACUCCGAACUACACAAACAAGUAUACCAGAGUCGUCAAAACAGUCAUUCCAAUCAGCAAGGAGACUCUCAAAGCCUACGGGUCUUUGAACUCCUGCAAGGCCCGCCAGGAAGUCACCCCCUCCAACAUGGCAUAUGCCCUUUUCACCUCUGGUAGUACGGGUCGUGCGAAGGGUAUCAUUGUGGAGCACCGAAACUGCGUGAGCAGUAUCAUGGCCUUCACACCUGUGACAUUCAUGACCUCGACAUCUCGAGUGUUCCAAUUCGCAUCCCUGACGUUUGAUGCUGCUAUCAUGGAAACCCUUGCAAUCUUGAUGGUUGGAGGCUGUAUCUGUGUUCCCAGCGAAGAUGAGCGGGUUAACGAUGUUUCUGGUGCCAUCAGACGCUUGAACGUGAACUGGACUUUCCUGACCCCUUCGAUCGCAAGUAUCAUCGAGCCGUCUUCUGUGCCCUCGAUGAGGCACAUGGUUGUAGGUGGAGAAAAGGUUACCCAGGAGGUAAUCACUAAAUGGGCCAACUGUGUCAAAUUGAUGAAUGGAUAUGGACCGACGGAAACCUGUGUGUUUGCGACCAUUGACAAUGAAGUGGCCUCUCACCGUAACCCAGCUCGGAUUGGUUACGGCAUUCCGAGUACUCUGACCUGGAUUGUGGAUCCCGACAACCACCACAAACUUGCCCCCUUGGGUGCAGUCGGCGAACUUGCUCUGGAGGGGAUGUCCUUGGCCAGAGAAUAUAUGAAGAAUCCGGAGAAAAAUGCCGAGUGCUUUAUCGAGAAUCCAGACUGGGCAAAGGAGUUCAAGUCUCAUCUGUCAUCCCCCAGGAGAAUCUACAAGACUGGCGACCUUUGCUACUACAACCCUGAUGGCUCGGUAGAGUACAUCAGUCGCAAGGACCAUCAAGUCAAACUUAAUGGCCAGCGCAUGGAGCUUGGAGAAAUCGAGCAUCGCAUUGGAGCAAAUGACCUUGUUCGUCAUGCUGUUGUCAUCUUGCCCAAGACUGGCCCGCUCCAAAAACGUCUUGUCACUGUCAUGUCCAUGAACAAGAUUUCUGCUGAUAACAAGCUUAUCUCUGACAAAGUGUGUGAGCUUAUUGAUGAAGAUGAUUUCAACAAGGAUGGCCUCGCCGGCCUGGUCGAGGUCCAAAGGAGCCUUGAAUCCCAGCUUCCAAUUUACAUGGUGCCCGCAACCUGGGCAUUAAUUAAGAAACUGCCAAUGCUUGUUUCUGGCAAGCUGGAUCGCAAGAAGAUUACCGCAUGGCUCGAAAACAUCGAUGAAGCUUCUUAUGAGCGUAUCAUGCAAGACUACGAUUCCAUGAAGCGUGGCCCAAGAGAGAAGCCAGAAGAGCAGCAACAAGAUGGCUCGCUCAAGGUUAUCCAAGAGAUUUUCUCGCAGGUCUUGAAUAUCUCUAUAUCCAAGGUCAAUGUGGAACGUUCUUUCGUCAGCCUAGGCGGUGACAGCAUCACUGGAAUGGCUGUGAUCUCACGGGCGCGUAAACAGGGGCUGGUUUUGACUCUGAACGAUAUCCUUCAAAGCAGAUCAGUCAAAGAACUAGCACAGGCCGCUAAGUCUAAGGCUCCUGUCACUGCUCAUCGCGAAGAAAAGUCCGGAGAGGGCUUUGCGCUCUCUCCCGUGCAGAAGCUCUAUAUGCAGUCCUCAGCAUCGUUCAAGGGCGCAGCCCGUUUCAACCAGAGCAUGACCGUCCGUAUCUCGCGCAGGGUUGAGGGUGAAGUUCUGCGACGGGCGAUCAAGGCUGUCACCAGCCAGCACGCGAUGUUCCGUACCCGUUUUAGCAAGAGCGUUGAUGGAAAAUGGCAACAAAAGGGAGCAGCGGAAGUUGAUCAAUCUUUCCGCUUCCGUGUACACUCAGUCAGUGACACACAUGCCAUGGUCCCACAGAUUGCCGAAAGCCAGUGUUGCCUGGAUCCCAUAAAUGGUCCUAUCUUUGCGGCCGAUCUCUUCAACCUCCGAACAGGCGGCCAGGUGCUCUUCCUAGUCGCUCAUCAUCUGUGUGUUGACAUGGUUUCCUGGCGCAUUGUUCUAUCCGAUCUCGAGGAGUUGAUCAUAUCUGGCUCUCUCUCGGAUGAAAAAGCGCUCUCAUUCCAGAGCUGGUGUGCCAUGCAACUUGAACGAACUAAGACACAUGACAUUGACCUCGCACUACCCUUCACUCCUGAACCGACUGAUCUGUCGUACUGGGGGAUGCAAGACACUGCCAACGUCUAUGGUGACAUCAAGAUGGAAUCUUUCAGUUUGACCGAGGAGGCUACGAAAUUCCUCCUUGAUGGCUGUCAUGAAAUCUUUGCCACUGAGACGGUUGAUGUGUUGCUCGCCUGUAUCAUUCACUCCUUCGGUCGCGUAUUUACUGACCGCAAGGUGCCUACUAUCUACAACGAAGGACAUGGCCGUGAAUCCUGGGAUGCCAGCGUUGACCUAUCAAGAACUGUUGGUUGGUUUACCACAAUGUCACCUCUUCUAGUUGAGGGACAAAAAGGUAUCAUUGACACCAUCAAACGUGUUAAGGACACCCGCCGGAAGAUCAGCGACAAUGGUCGGCCAUACUUCGCCAAGAGCCUGCUCCAAGCUGGUGGCGAUGACUUCCAGGUUCCAUUGGAAAUUCUCUUCAACUAUCUUGGCAAGAUGCAGCAGCUUGAGCGGGCAGACUCGCUCUUCCGGCAUCAAGGAAACGUGUUUGACGGCUCCGACUUCGCCGUUGCAGGUGACAUGGGCCCCGAGACUGUUCGCUUCGCCCUCUUCGAGGUUUCUGCAAUUGUAGUGAAAGACCGCCUAAACAUUGGCUUCACGUACAACAACAAGAUGCAGAACGAAAACCAGAUCCGUCGCUGGAUUCUCCAGUGCAAGCAAACGUUGGAGAAGGAUAUGUCAAUUCUCAAGACUGCCACCCCAGAGCCUACCCUUAGUGACUAUCCUUUGCUGCCAAUCAACUACAACGGCUUGCAGAUCCUCACUAACAACACUUUCCGCAAGCUCGGUAUCCGCAACAAGAACGAAGUUGAGGAUAUUUACCCUUGCUCCCCAAUGCAGGAAGGUCUGUUGCUGAGCCAACUUCGUGACCCCAGUGCCUACAUGUUUCAUACCAUUUUUGAAAUCAAGGACCUUCGCACUCAUAAGGUUGAUGCCGAGAAGCUUGCCCGCUCCUGGCAGAUGGUUGUCGAACGGCACCCCGUUCUCCGGACUGUUUUCAUUGACAGCAACUACAGUGGAGGAUCCUUUGACCAGCUUGUUUUCAAGAAUAUCCCUGAUCAUGUACUUCGUGUUGAAUGCCCUGACUCCCAGGUCCAGGAGAAGUUGAGUGCGAUCUCCCUUCACAAUCUGAACGCCAUGCGCCCCGCCAAGAUCUCCAACCAAUUCACCGUCUGCAAGACGCCUACUGGACGCGUUUUUGUGAAGCUCGAGAUCAAUCAUGCUAUUAUCGACGGUGGUGGUGUAGAUGUUUUGUUACGCGAUUUGACCAUGGCUUAUGACCGCCGACUGGCUGAAGGUUCCGGCCCUCGUUUCAGCGAGUACAUCAAGUUCAUUAGAACCCAAAGCCGUGGCCAAGCCCUUGAUCACUGGAAGAAUUAUCUCAGUGGUGUCAACCCUUGCCAUCUGGCUUCCAAUCCUGGCUACCAGAGCAGCCGCGAGCUGAAAGGCAUUUUGAUGGAUUUCCAACGAUACCCAGAGUUGCUGGGCUUCUGCGAGCGAGCCUCCGUUACCCUAGCAAACUUGACUCUUUCUGCCUGGGCUAUCGUCCUGAAGCAGUUCACCGGCUCUGAUGAUGUCUGCUUUGGCUACCUGUCUGCCGGUCGCGAUGCUCCAGUCAACGGAAUCCAAGACAUGGUCGGUAUUUUCAUCAACAUGCUUUGUUGUCGUGUACAGUUCUCCCCCACACAGACUCUGGACGACAUCUCCAAGCGUGUCAACGCGGACUACAUUAGCAGUAUUCCUCACCAAAGCUGCUCUCUUGCUAGCAUUCAACAUGAGCUUGGCUGGCAGGGUCAGUCCUUGUUCAACACUACCUUGUCUAUUCAGAACCACACUGUUGCCGGUGGUAACAAAGACAAGGGCCUGUCAUUUGAUUUGCAGCAUGCUCACGACCCUAGUGAGUACGCUGUCACUGUCAACGUUGACAUCUCUCGAGGGGGCGAGGGCAUUAUGCUCAGGUACUGGAGCGACGUUGUCUCCGAUGAGCAAGCCCAAUCCUUAGUGGACACUAUUGCCAGGGUGUUCACUGGGUUCAUUGAAUCACCAACCGCGACUAUCGCCUCUUCCAACUUCGGCGGCAGUGUCGCAGAGGAGCUGGCUUCGGAGUCGAACUACUCACAGUCGACUUCCAACGACAAAGUCAAGCCUGUGGUGGACGCCUUGGAUGGUGUUGCUAUUCAAAAGAUUAUUGAUAAUCGUGUUCAUGAGAUCAUUGGUCAGAUGUUGAGGGAAGGCAAGUUGAUGGUUCCAAAGAUACAGACCUCCGGAUUUUCGGGCUAUGGUCACACUGAUGAUGGAAUCGACUCGCCUUACCCAUUGGAAGGAAAUCAAGAAGCGGAUGACUCGGGUGUUUGUUCAGCAACCUCGCGGAGCAGUGAGGAGGGUAUGUCGGCUGAUGUGGAGCGGAGGCUUUGGAAUCUUUGGAGCACUGCCCUGGGUCUCUCGCCAAAUGUCGUGAGACAUCAGGACAGCUUCUUCAAGCUUGGAGGAGACAGCAUCACUGCCAUGAAGAUGGUCAGUGCUGCUCGUGAAGAUGGAUUGGUUCUUACUGUUGCGGAUGUAUUCAACAAUCCUGUUUUUGAGGACAUGCUCACCACUGUUCGCGCUGCCAACGUGACGCAGCAGAUUCUCAAUGCUGACCUCCAGUCUACUCAUAAGGAGGUUCCGUCAUUCCCGAACAGCACGCCCACCACUCUUGCACCCACUCCAUCAUCUGAAAGCAUCUCCGUGCUACGACCUACAAUGGCCGUCGAUGAGGAUUCAGUGCAACGUGGUAUCUGUCCUAAGAUUGGUGUUUUCAAGGGUGGCAUCGCAGAUGUCCUCCCAGUUACUGACUUCCAGGCAAUGUCUUUGACUGCGACUCUCUUUAAGUCUCGCUGGAUGUUGAACUACUUUUUCUUGGAAGGCAAUGGUCCUUUGGAUCUUCGUCGUCUUCGUGAGAGCUGCCUCAAGGUCGUUGAUGCAUUCGACAUCUUGCGGACUGUUUUUGUCUGCUUCCACGACCAGUUCUUCCAGGUUGUGCUGCGCAAAAUCCGCCCAAGCAUCUUUGUCUAUGACACCGAUCGUGACCUAGACGAGUUCACAAUGACUUUGCAGCAGCGUGACAGAGAGUAUGGCCCACGUGAGGGUGAGCAAUACGUGCAGUUCUAUGUUGUCAAGAAGAAGGGGAGCGACCAACACCGGAUCAUGAUCCGCCUGUCCCACACUCAGUACGAUGGAGUGUGUCUUUCGAAGAUCAUGUCUGCCAUCAAGCAUGGCUACGAGGGCAGCCCUCUUCCCCCAGUCACUUCCUAUGCCAGCUACCUUCGACAGCUGCCUGGAACUAUCGGCCCGGAUCAUUACAACCACUGGUCUAAACUCAUGAAGGGCUCGCAAAUGACACAGGUUGUCCGCCGCAAGGGCACAACCAUGUUCCAAAACAUCGGAGCCUUCACUGAGAUUAAGAAGACCAUCGAGAUCCCUCCGACAGCCCUUGGAAAUGUCACCGUUGCCACAGUUAUGCAGGCAGCCUGGGCCUUGACUCUCGCCAAGCUGUCCUCUCAAUCCGAUGUCGUGUUCGGCCUGACCAUCAGUGGUCGCAACGCCACUGUUCCAGGCAUUGAAUCAACUGUCGGUCCCUGUGUCAAUGUCAUUCCUGUCCGUGUCAACUUCAAUGACAGAUGGACUGGCCUUGAACUGUUCCGUUACCUCCAAGACCAGCAAGUUUCGAACAUGCCCUUCGAGUCCCUUGGCUUCCGAGAGAUUAUCAAGCACUGCACAGAUUGGCCGUCAUGGACCUACUUCACUACGUCUGUCUUCCAUCAGAACGUUGACUACCAAGGCGAGCUUGAGCUUGACAACACCAAGUACCGCAUGGGCGGUGCAGGUGUCAACGACAACUUCGCCGACUUGACAAUGGUCUCUCGCCCAACCGACGACCGCAACCUUGACAUAAGUCUCGGCUACUCCGAGAAGGGGCCUAUUCUUCCUGCCUUCGCAGAGAAGGUGCUCGACAUGGUUUGCGAGACUGCACAGUCGCUCAUCGCAAACCCAUCAACUGCCCUGCCUUCGCCUAACAUGCUGUGCUCCCUGCCACCUCAAGUCGUCGAUGACCUUCCCCGUACAUCAGACGAGCACUUCCUCAGCGCACAUCUCAAGUCGCGCUCCAUCGCUGAGCUCCUUGUCCACUCCGACAUUCUCUCCCGCUCCUGGCACCAGGUCCUUCCUCCACGCGCCUCGAACACGACCGUCGACCCAGAUGCAAAUGACAAGCCGGCAAACCAAGCUGCUUUCCAGCUUGAUUCGUCAUUCUUCGAUUUGGGCGGUGACAUUUUCAACAUGGCCCAGUUGACUUGGUUACUCGAGCAAGAAGGUCUCAAGGUCCGCCUUGAAGAUCUGCUUGAGCACCCGUCUUUCUUGGGUCAGAUGGCCGUUCUGGCGCUUCACAAUGCUAAGCACCAGGAGGAGCUUCCAGCUGAACAAGCUACAGGUGCCGCGUCUCCCGAUCCGUCAAUCAGGACUCGUGUUGAGAAGAAGAAGACCUGGGAGAAGGCUAUGACCCUUGCCAGGAAGUUAACUCGUCGCAACAAUAGCAGCAGCAACACCAACAACAGCAUGGUGUCUAGUAAUGCUUGA